UUUGACGGAGUAACAUAUUUAAGUGUUUGUAUGUUCACGUGUUCCUUUCUUUUGUAUAUACAUAUAUGUCUCAAUUUAUUUUAUUUUAGCAUACUGUUUGAUAACCGCGGCAAAGAAUUGAUAAAACAGUUUAGGAGAUUAUUUAUCAUUAUUAUUUGAUUUUAAAUAUUUUUGUACAAAAAUAUUUUAUAAUAUUAUUUUAUUUUGACUUGACUUGGCUAGGAUAAUAUUUUCAAUGUGUGUGUCUGCGCACGUACAGUGACUGAAGAGUUUGUGUCGCGUGGGGAAAGUUGCGCGAGGAGCUCCAGUGCGCGUGGAUCAGAAUGUGAUGAUCACGGAGGAUCGUUUAAUCAUAUCAAACUCAUCAUAUCACAUGAACAAGGAUCACCUCAUCAGAUCAAGCACAUCACCACGAGCCCGGUCCUGCUCAACCGUUCAAACGAUAUUCAACCGAGAGCGCGCCUGAAAUCACCAACCUGAUGAUGAUGAUGGACGCCAAGGUGGAGAACUAUUAACGGAGAAGAUGGAUUCGUCUCUCCAGAGGAGUUUAAGUGUUUUGGAUCGUCUUCUCCUCACACACUCCAUAUGGUUGCAGCUGUCAAUCAACCCUGACUCCGCCCACCAAAUCCUGCAGCGAGAGAUAGUCGGGACGUUUCUGGUGUGUAAGUGUAGCGCCUCCCACAGGAAGGUUCUGUGUGUGCGAGUGCAGGAGGGAGGUGUGUCACAGUAUCCCAUCCGUGAGGAAGACUCCACGUUUUCUCUAGAAAGUUCUGCCCUGAGCUUCCCUGAUCUCUGCAGACUAGUGGCGUUUUACACUAUUAGCAGAGAUGUAUUACCUUUCCCACUGGAGCUCCCCGAAGCAAUUAUACAGGCCACGACACACACCCAGCUGGAAAGCAUUUCGCAUCUGGGCUUAGAGUUCUGGAGCUCUCAGACGUCCCCUGGCCUUCCUAACGGCCCCCCUCCGCCCUCAGCGCCCCACCGGACAUCCAGAUUGAUCAGCCCAUGUUUUGUCAAUCCCCUGUUCCUUCAGCCUCCCCAACCCAGUAGAACCGCCUCACACAAACGCCACCGCUUCAAACGCAGCCUCAGGGUCCGUGUGUCCAAUGAAACCUCUCUCAGCCUGUCAGGUGGAGAAUCGGACCUAACCCAGGGGGAGACACACGGGCAAAUUGCCGACCAGGGCGGCCCGAGACGGACAGGAGGAUUGAGCGUGCUCAGGAGGACUCCGGCACUCACUCCCACUUCAGUAGAGGAGGACGAACAGAUGUUGGGACAGAUACCACCCAGUAACUCCUUACCCCAAAGAGACAACGCUGAACUCAACAAAGACACGGACAAUGGUGAGGUGUGUCUCGCUUUGGAAAGAACCCGAGCUCCUUCCCUUGCUGAACUGGACAGCAAUAGUUCUUUUAGCAGCUUGGAGGAAGAGGAAGCCCAGGACUUCGCCCACCAAUGGCCGCCUGCGGCACGCGGGACCCGUUUCCCCUCAGCGAACCCGACCUCGACUCUACGCCGCAUGACCGCUGCCUUUGUAUGUGUGUUUGCUCCUGAGCGGCGAGUUGCCCGAUUGGUGGACGAGCUCUCCCAUGAAAAACGCUCCACGUUUGGGUCAUUGGUGCAGGACUUCUUGGAGAAACAGAGGCAGGAGAUGGAGGCCUCAACGUAUAGCUCUGCUGUGGAGUUGCUUCAGGGCUUGAGGAUGUUUCUGUCCCAAGCCAAAAAUCUCCUUCUUGAAGCCGGAGAGAUUGAACCUCCAAUUGAGACACUGGUGCCUGAGAACGAGAAAGAUCUAGCCCUGGAAAAGGCUCUGUUUGGCUGCGUGUUGAAGCCGUUGAAGAUUCAGCUGCACCAGACGCUCGUAUCUCUCCACACUCAGGACGGCUCUUUACGGAGGAUCACAGACAGCUUGCUGGCCUACCAGGAGGGGGCGCUGGAGCGCCUGGCUGUGCGAGUGGGAGUCCUGGACGUUCGUGGUAUAGACCGAGCGAAGGCAAAGCUCACGCUGAUGCAGCGCAGCCAUUCGCCCAUUGACAAGGUGUUGCUUCUGCUGCAGGUGUGCAAGAGUGUGUACAAGGCUAUGGGGACGCAACCAGAUCAGGAAGUGGGGUCUGAGGAUUUCCUACCGGCACUGUCCUACGUGCUUGUUCAAUGUAAUGUCCCACAACUGCUGCUGGAGACGGAGUACAUGAUGGAGCUGCUUGAGCCGGCAUGGCUGACCGGAGAGGGUGGAUACUAUUUGACGAGCGUGUAUGCCAGCCUGUGCCUGAUCCAGAACAAGCCUGGGACCACGCCCACCUGCACUCUGACCAAUGAGGCUCAAGAGUACUUGCGGGAGUGGAGCAGGAGGCGGGGCCAAGAAGCCAAGACCCAGAAGGACAGUCAGCAGAGACAGAGGUUCAUCCGUGUGCUGUUCCAGGGUGACGGUCGCAGUGCAGUGCGGACUCUCCUCUGGAAGGCGGGGGAAAGCGUCGACGCUUUGACCCAGUCCUGCGCCGCUGUGUUCGGCGUGAGCGAGCCGCAGCACUACUGUCUGUUCUGGAGGAGUGAAGGGGAGAUGUGUCCUCUCCCGGCCCACGUUCAGCCCCAUCAGCUGGGCUCGCAGGAGGGAGCGUCCCUGUCCUUCCUGCGCUGCGAUCACGACUUCAGCAAGAUGCGCAGACUCACCAGAGGGGGCGCUGUGGAUCUGGGAGAGUCCGUGUGUGAGGAGUGAGGAGAAGCAGGUGCACAAUAUGACUUUAGAUUUUUUUUGUCACAAACGUGGCUAGAGGUUUAAUGGAUGUCACACAGUAUUUGAAUGCUGUAUAUGUGUUCAGUUCUAUGGAUGAUGAUGAUUAUUUUUUUGUGUUGGGUGUAAACAGAAAGCACAAUAGCAUUAAGAGGGGGAUACUUGGUAAUAAUGCAAAAAGCAAUAUCUGCCAAACAGGAGAUUCAGCUGUCACUUUUUGAUUGGCUUGCAGAGGUGUGUAUUGCAGAGUAAUACCAAAGUGUUGAACAUAAUACAAAAAACCUAAUAAAAAUAUAUAUGUUUUUAAACAAUCAUAUAUGUACACAUGCUCUGAGUAUUGACACUGUAUCUACACUGGAUGUGUUGCGUUAAAUCGCUCCUAUUAUAAUCACUGGAGCCGUUUGCACUGGAAGUGUGUCGCGAUGCACCUUCUGUUUUUGACACAUUUCUACAGCCACUUUAUUUCUUUCGUUCAACUGAUUUUUAAAAAAAUAUAUAUGAUAUAUUGUAUUUGAAUUGGUUGCUGUUCAUUUUAUUUAAUUUGACACUAGGAUCCAAAAGUAGUGCUCGACUGAUAUUGAUUUUUUUUGAUGGCCGAAGCCGAUAAUAAUAAUAAUAAUAAUAAAGUAUUACACAGAACUGUUAAACCGAGACUGUAAUCUAAUGAAGAAGGAAAUAGGAGUUCUGUGGCACUGGCGCUCGUAGCGCUGUCAAAAUAAAAGUCCCGCUUUCCGAACAGAGAAUCGUAUUGGCUGAUGCCGACGAUUAAAAAAUGUAUGUGUGUGUAUUAUACACACACACACACACAUAUAUAUAUAUAUAUAUAUAUAUAUAUAUAUUAAGUAAGGUUAUGAUUCAUUCUCUAAGCCACUAAUCAGCAAAAUGAGCACAUUUGUGCAUGUGAAGCGCCAUAAAGCUCUAUUACAACUUACAUUGUGCUUGAUAACAUGCAAAACUUCAUUGUAAUGCUGAUAAAUAUAUUUUUAAUAAAGUAAAAUAGGCAAAUAUCAUCUAUGUAAAUAAAUAUUAGUACAUUUUUACAGCAGUGAAUUUCAGUUGUAUACACUACUGUUGAAAAGUUGACGGUCGGAUUAGGAUUUUUAAUGUUUUCUUCAGGUCUUUCAAUGUUUUUGAAAGAAGUCUCCUAAGCUCACAGAGGCUGUGUUAAUUUGACCAAAAACACAGUAAAGACAUUAUUAAUAAUUUCUUAUUUUUAUUCAUUUUGAAAACUGAAAACAGUAAAAAA